AUGCCGAAAAAAUUGGGGGAGAAAAGUACAUCUGUGAAUGCAGGUGGUGGCGGUGUAAACGUCAAUACAGGAAAAGGGAAGCCUGGGGGUACUUCCGUGGACGUCGGAAAGGGCGGAGUUGGAGUGAACACCGGGAAAGGAAAGCCAGGGGGUGGCACCCAUGUAAACGUCGGAAAGGGCGGAGUUGGAGUGAACACCGGGAAAGGAAAGCCAGGGGGUGGCACCCAUGUGAACGUUGGAAAGGGCGGAAUUGGAGUGAACACCGGGAAAGGAAAGCGAGGAGGUGGCACUCAUGUGAGCGUCGGCGGCAAAGGUGGAGGAGUAUCUGUAAACACCGGGCACAAGGGAAAGCCAGUAAACGUUAAUGUUUCACCGUUUAUUUACAAUUAUGCGGCCACCGAGACUCAAAUCCAUGAUGACCCGAAUGUGGCCUUCUUUUUGGAAAAAGACUUGCACGCCGGUGCAGCGAUGACCCUGCAUUUCACCGAAAAUACUGAGAAAUCAACUUUCUUACCAUACAAAAUAUCCCAAACGAUACCGUUUUCAUCUGACAAGUUGCCAGAAAUUUUCACCAAAUUUUCAGUAAAACCUGGAUCAGAAAAGGCAGAGACGAUGACGAACACGAUCAAGGAGUGCGAACAGCCAUCGAUUCAAGGAGAAGAAAAAUACUGUGCAACCUCACUCAAGUCAAUGAUCGAUUUCAGCACUUCCAAGCUCGGGAAAAUAGAUCAGGCAGUCUCAACAGAGGUGGAAAAACAAACCCCUAAGCAGAAAUACACAAUAGCUGCCGGAGUACAGAGAAUUGCAGGCGGCAAAGCUGUAGUAUGCCACAAGCAGAAUUACGCAUACGCCGUUUUCUAUUGCCAUAAAUCAGAAACAACCAGGGCUUACACGGUUCCUUUGGAGGGUGCCGACGGAACAAAAGCCAAAGCAGUAGCAGUGUGCCACACAGAUACAUCGGCAUGGAACGCAAAGCAUUUGGCUUUUCAAAUCCUUAAGGUUGAGCCAGGAACCAUUCCCAUCUGCCAUUUCCUUCCUCAGGAUCACAUUGUUUGGGUCCCAAAGUAAAAUCCUGAAGAGUAACUCAUAUAGUGUGCAUUAAAACGGCUUAAAGAGAUAUCCAGUUUGUUCUAUAAUAGGUAUACCUCAAACCCAUCGAGUUGAGUUAUGCAGAAGGUAUCCAUGGAUCAUGUUCUUAGUAAUGGAUAAAAUUAUAUUACUUACUGUAUCA